CUAACGUGCAAAACAGUAUAAAAAGCUCGGGUAACGACGGUUAAAAUCAUCAGUCUCAUUGAAACUUUCAGAGCAUCAACAAUUCAACAUGAAGAUCUUCGUCUGCACCGUUCUCAUCGCCGUUUUGGUUGCCGUCAGCGGCCAAGGUUACCCCCGUCCUUCUUACAACCAGGCACCACCGGCCUACUCUGCUCCGGCCUAUUCAAAGCCUUCAUACCAGCCAGCCUAUCCAUCGGCCUAUGACACCCCAAUGCCGUACAACUUUGCCUGGGCCGUAAAGGACCAACCGUCCUACAACGACUACGCCCACCAGGAGACGGCCGAUGGCAAGGGUUACGUCUCCGGCUCCUACAACGUCAAUCUCCCCGACGGCCGCACUCAGAUCGUCAACUACAAGGCCGACGACUACACCGGAUACGUCGCUGAUGUGAGAUACGAAGGGGAAGCCAAGUACCCAUCACAGUCCUACAAGCCUGCCUCCUACAAACCAGCUUAUCCCGAAUACAAACCAGCUUAUCCUGCUCAAUAUCCCCCUAGAUAUUAAUUAGCCACUUGGUUUUAUAAUUCUUAUAAAAAUGCGUGAAUGUAUAAUGAAAUAAAGAAUUAUAUGCGAAAAUAAAAUUAUUGGCAAAU